UGCCGAUUCCUAUUUGUCUGCAUGUAUCUUCCAAUUACCAAAGUCUCUUCACUAUAGACAACACAUUUCUGCACAAUUUUAUUGCUACUUUUCUCCAUCACCUAAAAAAUGGGCACUAGUUUCAUGCUAUUUUCUCCACCGCCUCUGCUCAAGCCUCACCAAGUACCCCUCACCACUCCAUUCCCUCUUCCUCAAAACCAUCACACAGCAUCAAGAAACAAGAGGGUCCACAGCACCAGCAAAUUCGGAAACUUUCUUGACUUCAAACCCGAGAACAAACCCGAAUCCUUAGAUUUUGACCUUCCAUGGUGCCACCCUUCUGACCGCAAUCGUUUUGAUGUGAUCAUCAUUGGUGCUGGCCCUGCAGGCACAAGGCUCGCCGAGCAAGUGUCCCUCUAUGGAGUUAAGGUUUGUUGUGUUGAUCCUGACCCUCUUUCUGUGUGGCCUAACAACUAUGGUGUGUGGAGAGAUGAGUUUGAGAGCCUUGGUCUUGAGGAUUGCUUGGACAAAACAUGGCCCAUGGCUUGUGUUUAUGUGGAUGAUGGCAAGACCAAGUAUUUGGAUCGGUGUUAUGGGAGGGUUGGUAGGAGGAAGCUGAAGGAGAGAUUGGUUCAAGGCUGUGUCUCCAAUGGGGUUAGGUUUCACAAGGCAAAGGUGUGGCAAGUUCAGCACCAAGAGUUUGAGUCCAAAGUUUUGUGUGAUGAUGGGGUGGAAUUGAAGGGGAGUUUGGUUGUUGAUGCUAGUGGAUUCGCAAGUAAUUUUGUAGCAUAUGACAAGGUGAGACACCAUGGUUUUCAGAUUGCUCAUGGUGUUUUGGCUGAGGUGGAUGAUCACCCUUUUGAUUUGGACAAGAUGGUUUUAAUGGACUGGAGGGAUUCUCAUUUGGGGAAUGAACCCUACUUGAGAGCUAGUAAUUCAAGGUUUCCUACUUUCCUCUAUGCAAUGCCAUUUAGUUCCAAUUUGAUAUUUCUUGAGGAGACUUCCCUUGUGAGCCGUCCAGUGUUGUCUUACAUGGAAGUGAAGAGGAGGAUGGUUGCAAGGCUAAGGCACUUAGGCAUUAGAGUGAAGAGGGUUUUGGAGGAUGAGAAGUGUUUGAUUCCAAUGGGAGGACCUCUUCCAAGGAUCCCCCAAGAAGUGAUGGCUAUUGGUGGCACUUCUGGGGUAGUGCACCCUUCCACAGGUUACAUGGUGGCUAGAACAAUGGCUGUGGCUCCUGUUGUGGCUUUUGCUAUAACUCAGUGCCUUGGCUCCACCAGAAUGAUCAGGGGGAAACAACUUCAUGAUAAAGUUUGGAAUAGCAUGUGGCCAAUUGAGAACAGGCUGGUAAGGGAAUUUUACUCUUUUGGAAUGGAGACUUUGUUGAAACUUGACUUGAAUGGAAGCAGGAGUUUCUUUGAUGCAUUUUUUAACUUGAAACCUUAUUACUGGCAAGGGUUCCUCUCUUCGAGGUUGACUUUGAAUGAGCUUCUUUGGUUAAGCAUAUCACUCUUUGGACAUGCUUCAAAUCCAUCCAGGUUUGAUAUUGUCACAAAGUGUCCUGUUCCAAUGGCUAAGAUGGUGGGCAAUAUCGCUUUGGAGUACAUUGGAUGAUGAUGAUGGAAGGUUGUGAAAUGCGUGUUUAAGUUUUUGUUUUUCAUUGGCUGAACUUGCAUCUUGAUUUGUUGAGUUGUCAUUGAAUUGAUAUAUAUGAUAAUUUAGCUGCUAAUAAAAAAUUAAUUCAGUUCAGUUGAAUGUGAAAUAGACAUCCACUCCUUAUGCACU